GUUUGGUAGAGAAGAAGUAUAUAAAGUGUACACAAGUGUAUAAAAGCGUUGUGAAUGUAUAUUGAAUUAUCCUUUAUUAUUUUUUAAACGAUAAAACAGAUAUAUUUAAAAUUGUGUGAAAUAGUUUAAGAAUCUUUCUUUUAAAUUUCUUUCUCAGAGAAAUCAAAAUGCCAGAGGGAACAAUGGACGGUGGACGCAUAAUGAAGAUGGAAGUGGAUUAUAGUACUAAUUGUGAUACUAAGAUCCCAGAAUGUAAAAAGUUAGCUAGAGAAGGAAAGCUACAUGAUGCCUUAGAUCAAUUGUUAGCAUUAGAAAAACUUACCAGAACUGGAGCUGAUAUGGCAUCAACGUCUAGAGUGCUUGUUGCUAUAUGUGAAAUUUGUUUGGAAGCAAAAAAUUGGGCUGCGCUCAACGAGCACAUAGUUCUUUUAUCGAAGAGGCGUUCUCAAUUAAAACAAGCUGUUACAAAAAUGGUUCAAGAAUGUUGUAGUUACGUAGAUAAAACUCCGGAUAAGGAAACUAUGGUUAAACUAAUUGAAACUUUGCGUUCAGUAACAGAAGGAAAAAUUUAUGUGGAAGUAGAAAGAGCAAGACUCACGCAUCGAUUAGCUAAAAUAAAAGAAGAAGAUGGUGACAUAAAUGGAGCUGCUGCUGUAAUGCUUGAAUUACAGGUGGAAACGUAUGGCAGUAUGUCGCGUCGUGAGAAGGCCUCUCUUAUUUUAGAACAAAUGCGUUUGUGUUUAGCAAAGAAAGACUUCAUGCGAACGCAAAUAAUUGCUAAAAAAAUUAAUGUCAAAUUCUUCAGCGAUGAAAAUGACGAAGAGACACAGACAUUGAAGUUAAAAUAUUACGAUUUAAUGAUGGAAUUAUCUCGACACGAGGGUUGGCAUUUAGAAUUAUGUCGUCAUAAUCGAGCUGUACUCGAAACACCAGCCGUUAGAGAGGAUCCAGAAAAAAGACAUACUGCAUUAUCACGUGCAGUGCUUUACUUAAUACUUGCUCCGCAUGAACCAGAACAAGCAGACUUGACUCAUAGACUGCUAGCUGACAAAAUGCUAGAUGAAAUACCUAUAUACAAAGAACUUUUACGCCUCUUUGUAAAUCCAGAAUUAAUAAAAUGGUCUGGCCUUUGUGAGAUUUAUGAGAGAGAACUCAGAGCAACAGAAGUAUUUUCUGCAUUAACAGAAGAAGGUCGUAAACGUUGGGCUGAUCUACGUAAUCGAGUUGUUGAGCAUAAUAUUAGAAUCAUGGCAAAAUAUUACACAAAGAUUACAUUGACUCGUAUGGCAGAGUUAUUGGAUCUUCCUGUUGAGGAAACUGAGGCAUGCUUAUGCAAUUUAGUGGAAACUGGUGUAAUUAAUGCACGUACUGAUCGUCCUGCUGGUGUAGUACGUUUCACAGGAAGUCAGGAACCAGCAGCUUUAUUAGAUACGUGGGCUGCUUCUCUAUCAAAAUUAAUGAGUCUUGUAAAUCACACAACCCACCUGAUCCAUCAGGAGGAAAUGCUUGCUGUUGCACAAUCAUAAAACAUUGAUUGAUAUAUUUGAAUCUUACGAAUGUGUAUCGUUCGAUGUAUUUAUUGUGCCACAGAUAAAAUUUUAUACACUA